GCUUUAACAUUAACUCCACCUUAAACUCACUACAGAUGAAGAGGAGCUGUAGGGUUAUUUUUGUUUUGUUUUGUUUUGUUUUGUCACAGAGGUUAUCAUCUUCAGCGUGAAAAUCUUCCUGAGUGAGUUUUACACUAACAGAUUUUAUCUGUUAUCAGUAUUUCAGGAUGUUUACUACGUUCUCCUUUGAUGUCUGAGAAUUAUGACCUUUAAGACCCAAACCUUAUAAUGGAAUCAGCAGAGGUCCGAGCAUGCUCUUUCAGAAAACCUCCACACACCCCUGCUCCUGCUGGCUCUCAGACAGAAACUUGUACAGAUUCAGGUGGAGGGACAUCAGGAUCUUGGGGACACAUCAACCCCAUGGACCAACAGAACCAUGUAAAAAAGGAUGAAUCUGAGGGUGAAGGCUAUGUCUGUGAAGCAACGCCAGGCUCUGUGGGACACAUCACACCUGUGGAUGAACAGAUAUAUAUAAAAAAGGAAGAACCGGAGGAUGAAGACUAUCUCUGUGGAGAAACAUCCGGCUCUGUGGAAAAUGUAGACCAACAGAGAGGAUUUCAGAGCCUGCAUGUAAAAGUGGAAGAAUCUAAAGAUGAAGACUACAUCUAUACAACGACAGUCUUGGAAAAUGAUGGUGCCCAGUUAGAAGUCUAUUCCUGCUUCUGCUGUUCCCUUUCCUAUACAUCUCAAAUUAACCUCCACAAACAUAUCACAAGGUGCCACUCCGAUGAAUAUGAGAGACUAAUAAAAUCAGGAGAGAUAAUGUUUGAGAAUCUUAUGCCGGCAAGAAGCUCCAGUUUUCAGCAAACAAUCUCUGGUACUUUGCAAAUGCAGAAAGAAGUCUAUCAGUGCUUGCAGUGUGGGAAGAGUUUUACUGACCAGAAAAAUCUCAGAAGACACCAGCACAUUCACACAGGAGAGAAACCACAUCACUGCUCAGAGUGUGGGAAGAGAUUUGUUCGACAGAGUGAUCUCCAAAUACACCUGCGCAGUCACACAGGAGAGAGGCCACAUCACUGCUCAGAGUGUGGGAAGAGUUUCGCCCAACACAGUAGUCUCCAGAGGCAUCAGCGCAUUCAUAAUGGAGAAAAGCCAUUUCACUGCUCACAGUGUGGGAAGCGUUUUAAGCAACAGAGUCACCUCCAGACACAUCAGCGCAUCCAUACAGGAGAGAGGCCGUAUCACUGCUCACAGUGUGGGAAGAGUUUUAUUCAACAAAGUUAUCUCCAAACACACCAGCGCAUUCACACAGGAGAGAGGCCGUAUCAGUGCUCACAGUGUGGGAAGAGCUUUGCCCAACACAGUAGUCUCCAACGACAUCAGCGCGUUCACACAGGAGAGAAGCUGUAUUACUGCUCACAGUGUGGGAGGAGUUUUAUUCAGCAAAGUGAUCUCCAGACACACCAACGCAUUCACACAGGAGAGAGGCCGUAUCACUGUUCACAGUGUGGGAAGAGUUUUGCCCAUCCCGGUAGUCUCCAACGACACCAACGCGUUCACACAGGAGAGAAGCCGUAUCAUUGUUCAGACUGUGGGAAGAGUUUUAAUCGACUGAGUACUUUCAAAGCUCACCAGUUCAUUCACACAGGAGAAAAGCCACAUCACUGCUCACAAUGUGGAAUGAGUUUUGCCCAUCACAGUAGUCUCCAACGACACCAACGAGUUCACACAGGAGAGAAGCCGUAUCACUGUUCAGGCUGUGGGAAGAGUUUUAUUCAACAAAGUGAUCUCCAGACACACCAGGUCAUUCACACAGGAGAGAAGCCCUAUCACUGCUCACAGUGUGGGAAGAGUUUUACUCGACAGAGUACUCUGAAAGCACACCAAGCCAUUCACACAGGACAGACCUAUGAAGUUAUGAUCAUGCCAUUUGAAAUUUGAAUUUAAAUGCAAAAC